UGUGCUCUUUGUGCGCACGAAUCACUUUUUCCCUUGUGAUUUGAGUUAACAGAGAGAUAGUCUGUGGAGAGAGGUCGUUAGAAUACAUGUCUUCUUUCAGUAUACCUCCGCUAAAGGAAUAUCACAGCAGGGUCUGAGGGAACAUACUUUAUCUCAUGGAUCGGUUAUGGUUUCUUGUUUUCCUCGGAGGAUUCGUGAUACCAGGGGUGCAGCAUGUUUGGGGAAUAGAAGUUUUCACCACAAGCGAAGUGGAAGCGGUCAAUGGAACGAGUGUGAAGCUCAAGUGUACAUUCAGCUCCACGCAACCUGUGUCGCUUCAGACAGUUACAGUAUCAUGGGACUUCCGGUCCAUCACUUCAAAAAGUACUGAACGUAUGUUUUACUAUCAGGAAGAUCCAUAUCCUCCCGAAAAAGGGAUAUUCAAAGGGCAUGUGAAGUGGUCCGGAGACAUAAUGAGAAAAGACGCCUCAAUCACCUUGACUGAUGUUCUCCCUACGUUUAACGGCACCUACAUCUGUCAGGUGGUCAAUCCUCCAGAUGCCCACGGCAGUACUGGAGAAACCAUCCUAAGAGUCGUCAACAAAGAAACUCUCUCUGAGAUCAGCGUCCUGGCGGCCAUUGUCGGAGGCUCCUGCGCCGUCAUCCUGGUCUUUCUUGGUAUCUUCAUUGCUGUGAAGAUGUACAGGAAGAAUAAUAACAAAAAGGACAUUGAGAUGCGCCUAGAGGAGUACAGAAAAGACCCAACUGUGUGGUGAGGCCCCAGAGACCCACAGCUCUUGUCAGCCUCCUCUUCUCGGGACUGCUAUGGAGUCAGUGUGACUGCUUGGGUUACUUUUUCUGAAAGAAAUGAAUGAAAGGCCUUUUUUCUGUCAUGUUUGCUCCUCUAGCGCCAGCUUUCGGAUAUUAAUUCAGGUUCCUGAGACCACUGUAGUGUUGGAGAUAUAAUGUGUUGCGUAUUAUGUUGCUUAAAUGAAAAAUCUGGACAUUUUUAUCUACUUCACAAAAAGUUUCUUUUGAUUUGAAACAUUUAAAAGUUUUUCUUAGUUUUUGGGGGCAAAUUCCUUUUCUUUUUUUUUGCGCUACUACCCUUAGCGCAUGAGGCUAACGACUUUAUCCUCAUGCACUAAGGACAUUACUGCAUGAGGCCGGUGUGCUGAUGACUUUUGCUCCACAAUGCAUUCCAAUCUUUGAGUUGAGGUGAGCCAUUUACCAAAUCCACACUCGUGGGAGCAAUGAACAGGUGAUCUUUGUCCAGGGCUGCAUUUCUUCUCUGGGCUUGCCUAGCCUCAAGGUAACCACUUUUGGUAUCUCUUCUUUUCUGUUACGUUGGUGAUGGAUAUCCUUUCUGAGGGGGAACAUAUCCCAUGUGUUCAUUUACCGCAUGAUCCACUGUGCACUGAUCGUCCCGUCUCACCAGUUGCUUGUGUUUUUUUUUGUUUGUUUGUUUGUUUUUUAUCUACGACUGAAUGUGUUUGGCCGUGCGGUUACACCAGUUCACCUGCAGAGGCAGUCCACCUGACAGCUCUGGAAACAAAGAAGGAAGCUGUCAGUUCAGAUGAUUAGGAGUCAGAGCCACACAGCGGGGAUGAUGAGGAGGAAGAAGGUCUUGGGGAUGAGGAUGAGGAUGAUGACGACGACGAUGACGAUCUUGGUGGUGAUAAUGAUGAUGAGGAUUAGAUAAGUUCCUAUUUUGGUAGAGGAAAUUGAAAUAUUUGUGUUGCACAAUUCACUGAUGGUAUUUUAAGUCAUCAUUGAAGAAGCAUUGAAAAAGCGUAAAACAGAACCGGAGAUACUGUCUUCUUAGAUGUUUUUCUUUUCCUUUUUUUCCUGUGGAAACACUUAGUUUUGGUGAGCCAGCUUUACUUCAGCAGCUGGUGCCACCUGCCUCAAGCAGAAAUAUGGGAUGUAAUAAAGCCUGUGUGAAUUGUGCUUCUUUUAAACUUCAUCCUCCUCCAACGUUUUGUGAACCAAGCAUCAACACGGCAGCUUGACAGGUUCUGACUUGUCAGUGUCUGCUUGGGAACUGGAAUAUCAAAUCUUUUUCAGACAGUGAAUGCUCUUUGAGCUCCUUGAGCAACACCAGGUCACGCUAGCAUGACGUGGUAGCAACACUUUUCAGUGUGGACGUUGUUAAUAAAGGAAGAAGACUCAAUCUUGGCUAUUUUCAGUUUCACUAAGCUGAACGAUGGCAGGUUUUUAAGAGGGAGUGUAGUUUAUACCACAGUUGUUUGUGGUUUGUUUAGGAUCAUCAUUUUAAACACACUGACUGUUGUUUACUGUUACUAAUGCUGACUAUGCUAAUUGCUGAACUAGGAUGUCAAAUCUAUAAUAAUUUUGUUGUUUUCAAAACGCUGGCUGUCCCCAGAUUUUAUUUACAGACUACUGAGUUUGAAAAAUAUUUUAAAUACUUUCAUCACAAUUGAAAAAAAUUCAAAAGAAUUAGAAGAAGCAAAAAUUUUAGAUCAAAUCAGACAAGGCAAAACUUUGAUUGGUGCAUUUCUAUUGCAGACUUCUUCAAGAGCAACAGAACUCCCAUCCUUUUUUUUUUCUUUCAAAUAUACAGUACACUAUUAUUCUAAUGUUUAGAAAAGUGUUUAAGUUUUUUGGGGGGUUUUUUCUUUUACUAAUGAUCUUGUUUGAUAUUUGUAUUGUGUUUGUUCUCUAUUCUAUAAGAGCAGUGUCAUACAAUUGUUUGUGCUAAUUUGACUAGAUGGGUUAAAUUUGUCCUGUACCAGAAUUUUGCAUGGACACGAAUUGUAUUCCAGCAUAAAUUAGGUUUUAUUAUAAAUUUUUUAAGGACAUUGCCUUUUUAGUUUGACUCCAUGCUAGCAAAUUCUUAACAGUGUUGCUCUAUUUCUGCUGCAACACCAAACAUUUAAUAUUCUUAGAUUCUCAUUCUUAGAUGAGUGAUGUAAAUGUUUUGUUUUGUUUUUGUAUGUUGAUUUAAAAAAAAAGAUAACAUUUCUCAAUAAAGUUACAUUGAAUUAGCUUUACAGCUGAAUGACAUGUUGUGGUUUUUACCACAGCAGUGAUGUUGCAUAAGGGAAUGUUAUAUUUUAUAUUUUUGUAUGUAUUGAUAAGGUGAAUGCUAUUUCAUUAAAGCCCUGAAAUGUCA